AUGAGAGAAUUGCCACAGAAGGAAGCCAACUUGUUCAAGCAAAUCUUGCAGUACAAGAAAGGAUUUAAAGGAGCCGAGCAGAUCUUGAAGAAGUUCCCCGAGCACGGAGAAACUUUGGCCCUGAAGGGAUUGUUCCUUAACCAUUUGGACAAGAAGGAAGAGGCAUACGAGUUUGUCAAGAAGGGUCUUCGCCACGAUUUGCGAAGCCAUGUCUGCUGGCACGUUUUUGGACUGUUGUACCGUUCGGACAAGAACUACGAGGAGGCUCUGAAGUGCUACUCUCAAGCUCUCAAGAUUGACAAGGAGAACCUUCAAAUUUUGCGUGACUACUCUUUGCUUCAGGUACAGACCAGGAACUAUGAGGGCUUUGCAGAGACUCGCCACAUCUUGCUCGAGCUGCGCCCUCAGAACAGACAAUUUUGGAUCGGUUUGGCUAUCGCCUACCACAUGAUGGGCAAGCCUGACCUGGGGAUCAAGGUCUUGACCGCCUACGAGGAGACUCUCAAGGAUGUCCCCGCGAAGCCCGACUACGAGCAUAGCGAGAUGUUGCUGUACCACAACUCGAUGCUGGAGGAGACUGGCGACUUUCAAGCAGCACUGGAUCAUUUGGAUACGAUCGAGAAGCACGUUUGUGACCGUAUCGCUCUUCGAGAGAAGCGCGCCAGGUACCUUUUGGCUCUCGGACGUCAGGAGGAUGCCGAGAAGGCUUACAGAGAAUUGAUCGCCCAUAACCCCGACAAAUUUGCCUACUUUGACGGCCUUCGCAAGAGCAUUGGACUUGGUCACGAUAACUUGUCAGCAGAGGAAGAAGCUAAGCUUUUGGAGCUCUUCAAGGAGCUUCAGAAGGAGUACCCUCGUUCAAAUGCCGCCAAGCGCCUUCCCCUGCGUUAUGCCACUGGAGAUGCCUUUGUUAAGGUUGCUGACGAGUACAUGCGCAACAACCUCAGGAAGGGUGUCCCUUCGCUCUUUGUCAACAUGAAGACCCUCUUCGCCAAUAAGGAAAAGGCCCAGGCUGUCGAGAAGUUGGCUCUCGGUUACCUCGCUGCCCUCGACAAGACUAAGGGCUUUGACAAUUCUGGAUCGACUGUUGAGCCACCAACUGCUCUUCUCUGGACCUUGUACUUUGUCGCCCAGCACUACGACUUCAAGCGCGAGUCGAAUGAGGCUUUGACUUACAUCAACCGCGCCAUUGAGCACACCCCUACACUCGUGGAACUCUACAUGACUAAGGGACGCAUUCUCAAGCAUGCCGGCGACUAUGUCCAGGCAAUGAACGUCUUGAACGAGGCUCGUGAGUUGGACUUGCAGGAUCGCUUCAUCAACUCUAAGUGCUCAAAGUACAUGCUCCGUGCGGACAAGAUGGCUGAGGCUGAGAAGACUGUCGUCAUGUUUGCUCGCGCAGAUAUUGCCGAUCCUUUGAACGAUCUGGUCGAUAUGCAGGCCAUGUGGUUCAUCCUUGAGUCUGGUGAGAGUCAUCUUCGUCAGAACCAUCUCGGACGCGCCUUGAAGCGUUUCCAUCAGGUUGAGAAGCUCUUUGCCGACUUUACUGAGGACCAGUUCGAUUUCCAUAUGUACUGUCUCCGCAAGAUGACCUUGAGGGCCUACAUCUCGCUGUUGAAGCUGGAAGACCAGUUGAGGUCACACCAGUACUUUGUCCGCGCCGCCCAGAACGCUGUUCAGUGCUAUAUCACUCUCUUCGACAAGCCCGAAGGCGCCGAUUCAGAGGAGAUGGAAGGCAUGACCGAGGCCGAGAAGAAGAAGUUCCGCAGCAAGCAGCGCAAGGCUGAACUUAAGGCUCAAAAGGAGACCGAGGAGAAGAAGGCCCAGGCUGUUCAGGAGAUCACCAAGAAGGGUGGAAAGGUCGAUGAGGACCCUGAGGGUCUCAAGUACACCAAGACUGAGGACCCUCUGGGUGAGGCACUCAAGUUCUUGAAGCCCCUUCAGGAGCUUGCUGCUGAUCGUAUUGAGACUCACCUCAUGGGCUUUGAGCUCUACAUCCGCAAGAACAAGCUGCUGUUGGCGUUGAAGUCGUUGCUGAAGUCGAUCAAGAUUGAUGCCAAUAACGCCACCCUCCACGAGCAGCUCGUCCGUUUCGCGCUCGCCGUCCAGAAGGCCGGUACCUCUCUCAAGCCCGCCGUCAAGUCUGUGAUCGACAAGCACUGGGACACCCUUUUCCAGGGAAAGGGCAAGGACCUCAAGGUCUUCACUGCCGGUUUCUUGGAGACCUCCAAGACCCUCGGCUCUGUGCCCCAUCUGAUCUCGGGCGCUAUUGCCGUCUCGUUGAUUGAACCUGGUACCGAGAAAUCCAAGACUGAGGCUGAGGCGAUUAUUUUCUUGAUCGCGGAUGAUAAGUAUGUUGGAACACGGUCCUUGGAGAAUGUGUUGGUUGCGCAAAAGACGCUCAAAAGCCUGAAAUCAAGUCGGGUUCAGGAGUUUAGAACUAAGGCUGCAUCGUGGUUCCCCAAGGCCACCGUCUUUCUGUCUUAG